GGAUACUACGCCCGGGUCCUCAGUUUUGCCAUUCCCGCCAUUGUGGCAUUUCGACAAUUCUCCAAUUUCUUUUCGGCACAACGGAUUAUGCAUCCCGAACGAAACAGUGCCAUGGUCGGAUUGUCACUCAAUCUGAUUUUAGGACUGGUCUUUGUUCUGGGUUGGCCCAUUCCGGGAUUUGAGGGAUAUCAGUUCACGGCCUGUCCCAUUGUGACAGUGGCCGUCACUUAUAUCCAAUUGGCAACACUGGUCAUUGUCUAUCUGUGGAGGCAAAAACUACAUGAACCCUGUUGGGGUGGAUGGGAUUGGAACGAAAUUACAUGGGCGCGCAUCAACACGUAUUGUGAACUAUACUUUCCGGCCGCCAUGUCAUUGGCGUCGGACUUUUGGAGGGUGGCAGUGAUCGGGGCUAUCGCUGCCAGAUUGGGAGAAGAACAAGUUGCAGUAUUCAAUACUAGCUACAGAAUCAUGUGGAUCGCGCUCAUCAUGGUCGGCGCCAUGUCCAAUGCAUCGGCCAUCAAUAUGAGUAUACGACUCGGAAAAAAUCAACCGGAAGGUGCCAGACAAGCGGGUUAUGUUGGCAUUGCCAUGGCGACUGCCAUACUCACGGUUUUGAGUACCCUGAUUCUAUGUCACAGCGACUGGUUUGGGAGAAUAUUCACCGAGGACCCCGUCUUCUUGCAAAUGUUCAACGAAGCCAGUGUCCCAUUCACGUUCACUCUAUUCUUCAUGAACCUGGGUGUGGCCAUUGAACGUAUUCCAUAUUCAAUGGGUCGAACGAGAGAUUUGUUCUGGACGGGGUUUCUGGCGUCGUGGGGAGGCCAAGUACCUGGGGUCAUUUUGUGCACCCAGUAUUGGAGAAGUGAUCUUUUUGGUCUGUAUACUGGCAUGGCAAUCGGAUAUGGCAUGCUGGUAAUCCUCUACUCUGUCAUCACUCUCAAAAGCGACUGGGUGCAGUAUGCCGAAAUUGCCCGCAGACGAUCAGAAGUUGCAAUGACGUAG